CCAAUCCUGUUCCGUCGCUGCCAAGUUGAAGGUUCAAUAUAAGCAGCUGCUCAUUGAGCCCUGUUUUCAUACUACGUCUCUUCCAUUGGAACUGCAAAGGGAAGGAUACAACUGCUUGGGCUGUUCUGGUUCUGGACAAAGGAACAUUGUUUCACUCAGGGCUGGAAACAGGAGUACCCUUCAACGUUUGAAGUGCAUACCGUAGGUAGGUCAGUUUCUUUGUUACAAAGGCGUGCAUUGCCAACAGUGCUCUGAUUUGCAUGCUUUUCGUGUUCUGCCUCAUUGCAGCACAUCCCAAUAUUACAUAAAUAGGGUUACAUAAGCAUGUUAUAAAAUCAAACUGUUUGAAAGAGGCAAUCUGUAACACAUAAGUCCCAGAUUCAAGUGAGGACCCAUUGGUGUGCUGCUGAGAACAGAACAGACUUGGCAGGUGUCGAUACACUUGCAAUAUAAACAGAGAGGGGCGGAAAGGAAACAUUGUCCGAAGAUCCCCACUGCAUGGAAACUAAUCCAUACUGUUAGAAGACCAGAGGGAGUAGAAAGAAGAGUGGUAAAGAAAGGGGGAGGAGGGGGAGCAUGAGAAGGAAGAGGUUUGCUUUUCCAGCUGUGGAGAGAACGGGGGGUGGGGGGAAGAGAACGGGAGGUGGGGGGAAGAGAAUGGGGGGAAGCAGACCGGGGGGUGGGGGGGGAAGAGAACGGGGUGGGGGAAGAGAACGGGUGGGGGAAGAGAAUGGGGGGUGGGGGGACGAGAACCGGGGUGGGGGAAGAGAAGCAGGAGGUGGGGUGAAGAAACGGGUAGGUGGGGAGAGAUCGGGAGUGGAGGAAAAGAACGGAGUGGGGGGAUAGAACGGGGUGGGGGGAGACGGGGGGUGGCUUGGAAGAGAAUCGGGGGUGGGGAAGAGAAGGGGGGGGGUGGGGAACGGGAUAACGGGAGGGGGGGAAGAAGGGUGGUGGGGAAGGGGCGGGGGGAAGAGACGUAUGGGGGGAGAACGGGGGUUGGGGAAGAGAAGUGGGAAGAGAACGGGAGGUGAGAGAAGGGAGGGGGAGAGAAAGGGGGGGGGGGGAAGAAAACGGGGUGGGGGGAAGAGAACGGGGGUGGAGGACGAGAACGGUGGGUGGGGAAGAGAAGCGGGGGUGGCGGAGGGGGGGAGGGAGAACGGGAGUGGAGGAAGAGAACGGGAAGUGGAGGGAAGAGAACGGGGGGUGGGGGAAGAGAACAAGGGUGGGGAAGAGAACGGGGGGUGGGGGGAAGAGAACGGGGGUGGGGGGAAGAGAACGGAAGGUGGGGGGAAGAUAACGGGGGUGGGGGGGAAGAGAACGGGGGGUGGGGGGAAGAGAACGGGAGGUGGGGGGAAGAGAACGGGGGGUGCGGGGAAGAUAAUGGGGGUGGGGGGAAUGUGUCCCAAUCUGGAUGCCAGAUAUGCUACAGUACAGUCAUGGUCAAAAGUUUUGAGAAUGACACAAGUAUUGGUCUUCACAAAGUUCGCUGCUUCAGUGUUAUGAGAUAUUUUUGUCAGAUGUUUCUAUGGUAUACUGAAGUAUAAUUACAAGCAUUCCAUAAGUGUCAAAGGCUUUUAUUGACAAUUACAUUAAGUUUAUGCAAAGAGUCAAUAUUUGCAGUGUUGACCCUUCUUUUUCAAGACCUCUGCAAUCCGCCCUGGCAUGCUGUCAAUUAACUUCUGGGGCACAUCCUGACAGGUGGCAGCCUAUUCUUGCAUAAUCAAUGCUUGGAGUUUGUCAGAAUUUGUGGGGUUUUGUUUGUCCACCCGCCUCUUGAGGAUCGACCACAAGUUCUCAAUGGGAUUAAGGUCUGGGGAGUUUCCUGGCCAUGGACCCAAAAUGUUGAUGUUUUGUUCCCCGAGCCACUUAGUUAUCACUUUUGCCUUAUGGCAAGGUGCUCCAUCAUGCUGGAAAAGGCAUUGGUCGUCACCAAACUGUUCUUGGAUGGUUGGGAGAAGUUGCUCUCGGAGGAUGUGUUGGUACCAUUCUUUAUUCAUGGCUGUGUUCUUAGGCAUAAUUGUGAGUGAGCCCCACACAUGAAUGGUCUCAGGAUGCUUUACUGUUGGCAUGUCACAGGACUGAUGGUAGCACUCACCUUGUCUUCUCCGGACAAGGUGUUUUCCGGAUGCCCCAAACAAUCGGAAAGGGGAUUCAUCAGAGAAAAUGACUUUACCCCAGUCCGCAGCAGUCAAAUCCCUGUACCUUUUUCAGAAUAUCAGUCUGUCCCUGCUGUUUUUCCUGGAGAGAAGUGGCUUCUUUGCUGCCCUUCUUGACACCAGGCCAUCCUCCAAAAGUAUUCGCCUCACUGUGCGUGCAGAUGCACUCACACCUGCCUGCUGCUAUUACUGAGCAAGCUCUGCACUGGUGGUGCCCCGAUCCCGCAGCUGAAUCAACUUUAGGAGACGGUCCUGGCACUUGCUGGACUUUCUUGGGCCCCCUACGCCUUCUUCACAACAAUUGAACCUCUCUCCUUGAAGUUCUUGAUGAUCCGAUACAUGGUUGAUUUAGGUGCAAUCUUACUAGCAGCAAUAUCCUUGCCUGUGAAGCCCUUUUUGUGCAAAACAAUGAUGACGGCACGUGUUUCCUUGCAGGUAACCAUGGUUAACAGAGGAAGAACAAUGAUUUCAAGCACCACCUUCCUUUUAAAGCUUCCAGUCUGUUAUUCUAACUCAAUCAGCAUGACAGAGUGAUCUCCAGCCGUGUCCUUGUCAACACUCUCACCUGUGUUAACGAGAUAUUCACUGACAUGAUGGCAGCUGGUCCUUUUGUGGCAGUGCUGAAAUGCAGUGGAAAUGUUUUUUGGGGGAUUAAGUUCAUUUUCAUGGCAAAGAGGGACUUUGCAAUUAAUUGCAAUUCAACUGAUCACUCUUCAUGACAUUCUGGAGUAUAUGCAAAUUGCCAUCAUCAAAACUGAGGCAGCAGAUUUUGUGAAAAUUAGUAUUUGUGUCAUUUUCAAAACUUUUGACCACGACUGUAUGUAUGUUUCUCUUUUCAGCACUGGAGGAAAUGGAGGAUGCACGCUAUAAGAUCAGUGUAGGGUUUACUCAAGCGUUUUUAUUAGAUAAGCGUCAGACUCAAUAACUCAAGUGCAAGGGUCAUUUCAACAGGAAGAAUUGGGUUGUCGGUGACUAUAAGAGCACGUUCUCCAAUACUUCCUGACCGUCUUCUCUACUUGUUGUGUCUCCAUAGACAUGGCCAUGAGGUGCUGCUGUCUGCUGGUGCUGCUGGUUGCUCUGGGAGUAUGUGAAGCCUCUCGUAGCCAGGAGUGGGCUCACCACGGAGCCUCCAUGUUCGCCGACCUGACCCCCCGAGAGAUGCGCAACGUCCGGGACUACCUGCAAGGCAAGCCAGAGCUGGGUCUGACAGCGGCCCGGGGCAAGGACCUGAAGAAGAACAGCAUCCUGCUAAUGGAGCUCCACCUGCCUCGCAAGCACGAGGCCCUGAGGGCCCUGGACCGGGGCCAGGCCAAGCCCACACGCCAGGCCAGGGUGGUGGUGCAGUUUGGGAACCAGGCCCAGCCCAACAUCACUGAGUUCAUUGUGAGUCCACUGCCAUUCCCUACUUCGUACACAGGGAAGACUUUCAAGGGAGACCGGCCCAUUCGGUUUGAGUCGCGACCCAUCACAGUGGCGGAGUACUCGCACAUCAUAGACAUCUUGCAGAAGAUUACCGCCAAAGUCCACAAGGUCCUGUUUGAGACCACGGGCGGAUUUUCCUUCCACAACUGCACCGACCGCUGCCUGACGUUUUCGGACAUCGCGCCCCGUGGUUUGGAGUCGGGCGAGAGGAGGACCUGGAUCAUGCUGCAGAAGUUCGUGGAGGGCUACUUCAUCCACCCUGUGGGCUUUGAGGUCCUGGUGAACCAUAAAGAUCUGGACCCCGAGCGCUGGACGGUGGAGAAGGUGUGGUACAACGGCCAGUACUUUGACAACGUGGAGGAACUGGCGGAGCGAUAUGAGAAGGGAACGCUGGAGAAGGUCCAGCUUCCUGACCAUGACGAUGAAGACUUGUACUCCACUUACAUUCCCCGUGGGCACAGCAACACACGCACCAACAUUCACGGGCCCAAGCUGGUGGAGCCCCAAGGCCCUCGCUACCACGUGGAUGGGAACUUUGUGGAAUACGCCGGCUGGUCCUUUGCCUUCCGUGUCCGCUCGUCCGCCGGUCUCCAGAUCUUCGACCUGCGCUUCAAUGGAGAGCGCAUCGCCUACGAGGUCAGUCUCCAGGAGGCCAUCGCUUUCUAUUCGGGUGACACCCCCGCCGCCAUGCAGACCAAAUACAUUGACGCCGGCUGGGCCAUGGGCACCGUGGACUACGAGCUGGCGCCUGGCAUCGACUGCCCUGAAAUCGCAACCUUUCUAGACCUGCACCAUUACUACGACACGGACAAGCCCAUGCGCUACAAGAACGCCUUGUGUGUGUUUGAAAUGACCACGGGGAUGCCUCUGAGGAGGCACUUCAACAGUAACUUCCAGGGGGGUUACAACUUCUUCGGGGGUCUGGAGAACCACGUGCUGGUGCUUCGUACCACCUCCACCGUCUAUAACUACGAUUACAUCUGGGACUUCCUCUUCUACCAGAACGGAGUGAUGGAGUCCAGGGUUAGUGCCACCGGUUACAUCCAUGCCACCUUCUUUACGCCUAACGGACUGCACUACGGCUCUAAGGUGUAUAACUACGUAUUGGGAAACCUGCACACUCAUCUCAUCCACUACAAGGUUGACCUUGAUAUUGCCGGUGAGUUCUGUUUUAAUAAUCUGGUAGCGUGGUCACACUUCUAGGGAAGUAGAUUCUAAAAUGUAUUUUAGACCUUUGGUCAAACAUUGCAUUAUAACUGAUGCUCCUAGAUAGUUUAUGAGUGUUGCUCCCAGCCAAAUACAAUAACAUGAGAUUGUCAGCCAUUUUGAUGAAUCAUUGACAAGAAACACAAAAUAAGCUCUCAUUUCCGUGCCAUGGGCAAUACAAUUGAUAAAUCACACAUGAAAUGGUAUGCCUAGUCUGUGCAAUAUCUGCUGCAGAACUUGACAUUAGUGCUAAGGUCAACUGCAUUUCAAAUCAACAAAUGCCAAUAAAGGGAGGUUUUAAUUGAACUAACACUAAUUGAACUUCCAUUCUUCUUUGGACUUGCUGAAUUGAAAUUGAAUUAAUUGCAAACCUCAAGCCUUCUUGAUCCCAACCCUGCUUGACACCGUUAACAUACUGAACAAAAAUAUAAACGCAACAAGCAACAAUUUCAAAGAUUUUACUGAGUUACAGUUCAUAGAAGGAAAUCAGUCAAUUGAAAUAAAUUCAUUAGGCCCUAAUCUAUGGAUUUCACAUGACUGGGCAGGGGCGCAGCCAUGGGUGGGCCUGGGAGGGCAUAGGCCCACCCACUUGGGAGCCAGGCCCACCCACUGGGCAGCCAGGCCCAGCCAAUCAGAAUUAGUUUUUUCCCACAAAAAGGCUUUAUUACAGACAGAAAGAAAUACUCCUCAGCAGCACCCCCCUUCUUGAUAUGCCACACCUGUCAGGUGGAUGGAUUAUCUUGGCAAAGGAGAAAUGCUCACUAACAGGGAUGUAAACAAAUUUGUGCACACCAUUUGAGAGAAAUAAGCUCUUUGUGCGUAUGGAACAUUUCGGGGAUCUUUGAUUUCAGUUCAUGAAACAUGGGACCAACACUUUACAUUUUACGUUUAUAUUUUUGUUCAGUAUUUGAUUGCUUUUGUCAAAUGGUCCAGGUCGGGAGAACAGCUUUGAGUCGAUGGACCUGAAGUACGUGAACUUCACCAACCCGUGGAGCCAUAAACAUUCCGUCGUCCAAUCCAAGCUCAUCAAGACGCAACACCAAACAGAACGCAGCGCAGCCUUCCGAUUCGGCAAGAAGUUCCCUCGCUACGUGCACUUCUACAACCCCAAUGAGAAGAACAAGUGGGGUCACCAGAAGGGGUACCGCAUCCAGUACAACUCCCACGCCAACAGUGUGCUGCCCCGUGGCUGGAGAGAGGAGAACGGCAUCAGCUGGUCCAGGUAACAGCACACACAGCUAGUUUAAGGGAUAGUUCACCCUAAAAUUGAAUCAAAUGUUACUUUUGACACAUCAGAAGAGGUCUAAAGUCAACCUCAGUUAAUUCCACUCCAUCUCCCGCUGUAGACCGCAACCCAAAAUGAAUGGGAAAGAUUGGCACCAUCUAAUUAUAUGGUAGGGUAGUAGGGGUACUAUCCAUUAAACCCUAACAUAAAAUAAUGAAUAAAGCGUACAGGUACCAUGAACUACAUACAGUCAUUCCAUGAUAAUCCAGAGAAUAUGGGAAACUACCUACCUACCCACCCACCCACCCACCCACCUACCUACCUAUCUAUCUAUCUAUCUAUCUAUCUAUCUAUCUAUCUAUCUAUCUAUCUAUCUAUCUAUCUAUCUAUCUAUCUAUCUAUCUAUCUAUCUAUCUAUCUAUCUAUCUAUCUAUCUAUCUAUCUAUCUAUCUAUCUAUCUAUCUAUCUAUCUAUCUAUCUAUCUAUCUAAUCAUCUACUGUCAGAAAGUUCUGAUUCAGUCUAUCUAAGUGCAGUACAUAUGAUCUGUAUUAGUGAGAGUGAUAAUGGAUUACUUUUCCUCUGUAGAUACCCGUUGGCUGUGACCAGGCACAAGGACAGUGAGCCCACCAGCAGUAGUAUCUACACUCAGAACGACCCCUGGGAGCCUGUGGUCUCCUUUGAGGACUACAUCCGCAACAAUGAAAAUAUCACCAACCAGGUGAGACCUGCUGCUAUCAAUAACACAACUCAUUAUCAGACUCUUCUCAACCCUGGAUUACAUAACUGUGUAUAAUUCCUUACUUACACAGGUUACGGAAUUGUAUAACUCAAUAAUAAAUCCAAUCAAUCAAUUCAUCAAUCAACCUGACAAUGUCUCUUGUGUAGGACCUGGUUGCCUGGGUGACAGUGGGCUUCUUGCACGUGCCCCACUCGGAGGACAUCCCCAAUACGGCGACGCCCGGCAACGCUGUGGGCUUCUUCCUGCGCCCCUUCAACUUCUUCGAUGAGGACCCCUCUCUGUCAUCCCGUAGUACCGUCAUUGUCCGGCCAGAUAAAGAGGGCAAGCCCAAGGUCCAGAGAUGGACCCCAGAGGUCGUAGGUCACUGUGUGACUGACAAGCCUUUCUUCUACAACGGCACCUAUGCAGGAGUCUGAGGGACUGGUGUGAGUGACAGGAAAGACACAAAAUGGUGGUUCCAUCCUUGGGUCUGAGUGGUGCCAAAUUAAUGUGAGCUGACAUUUAAAUCUUGACUCCGACAUUUAACUUAAAAUUCAGUUCAAUGCAAAAGAAUGCAUUCGGACACAGGCAUUAACAAAAGUAACAUUAUGUUGAUAUCUUACCUGAACCUGUUGAAAUGUGAAAGAAUAAGAAUAUUUGGUAUUUUUUGUCGUAUUACGUUUUCUUUUGAGUACGCAAAUUGAUUGAAGCAACUUACCAUUCUUAUCCAUAGGCACAUUUCAAUAGAAAUCCUCUAUAAUCAUAACUCACAGACACGCGUUGCCAUGUGUAUACUCAUGUAUCCGACCUAGAUCUAGCAGAAUGAUGGUUUUCCUUUUUACUGUGGUUGUCAUGCUAACCUUAUUGUGUGUGAGGCCUGGGGGUCAAAGCACUCAGAAUCCCGUUGGGUGAGGGUCUCCAUGGACGGGGUUUAGUUGCUCUGAGCAUCCAGGAUGCAGGAUGCCGGGAUCAGCCACUGUCCGCUAGGCUCCUGGAUCCCAGCAGGCCUGCAUGGGGAAAACGACUGGGCCUAUGUUAGCUGAGCAAACAGGCAGAUCCUGAACUGCCCCAUAAACAGUCAAGGAUUCACCUGCACCAUUGUCCGGGGCAACCAACUGCCCCCAUGCAACAUGCAGAGAGCGAACCGAUAGAACAUUCUAGAAUGUUCUACAACUCAGUUUGCCCUCCAUAUGUUUUAUCUUUGGGACAGUUUUCCUUUCAGGUACUCCUGACUACUUUCAAUUAGAUACAAUAAAGACCUAACUGGAUUAAAUCAAAUGGUAUAACAUUUGGGUUGUAUCGCUUCUUUUCAAUUGGGUGUUUUUGAUCAGAUUGAUUGACUUGACUGUGUAUUCUCAAACUGUACUAGCGCACUGGAAUUUGGAAAUGACAUUAAAAGUGGGG